UUGGGGGAAGUAAGUCACGUGUUGUGCAGAUAACGUUAGGAUAUAUUGUCCAAGUUCACGCCUUCAUCGGUCAAGUCAGCCACGACUACCACUCAUGUUGACAGUAACUUUCAUCAUGAAGCUUAUGGUUUUUAUGUUGACUGUUGGAGUGAUAACAGUCAGCGGACUGAAGACGGGUUUUUUUCGCAAUGGAAACAUUAGCUGCAAACAACGUAGAUGCAUAAGUGUGGAUGAUCCAAAGCAAGCAACAGCAUACGGGCAGUACAAUGACACCCUCCUGGAGACCGGCUGGGGGGUGCUGGAGAUUGUGGCAGGGAGGGGGGAACCUGCCUCCGAUGAUGACAUCAUGUUUGCAGCCGGGAUGUUGGAGGGCAUGUUUACAGCGGAUCGCAUCUAUCAACAUUAUCAGAAUAUCCAUGCAACAUUCUUCGGCACCAAGAAGUCCAGUGACUAUGAAGUGAAGGCCCGCAAGUUUCUGAUGGAGCAGGAUGCUUGGAUGAGGCAGAUGAUCAAGAAGAAUCCAUCGGACGCACUGUGGCGACACAUGGGCUAUGUACUUGCCCAGUUUGAUGGCUUAGUGGCCGGAUACAAACUGACUGCCAGUCCGAAAAAGGCCCUGGACAUAUUUGCCUUCCAAGUGCUCAAUGGAGCCGGUGACCUGCUGGACCUGAGGAAUGCCCUGGUUCCAGAUGAAAUCCCAGAUUGGUCCAAGAUGUCCAAAGUGGAGGCGUUCAGAUAUAUCCGACAAAACAGUCACUGUUCAGCUCUCAUAAAGGUGCUGGGAGCGUAUGAGAAUCUGUUCAUGUCCCACUCCAGUUGGUUUGUGUAUGCCGCCAUGCUGAGAAUCUACAAACACUAUGACUUCAAUGUGGCAGACCCAAAGACAUCUGCCAAGAGAAUAUCCUUCUCCAGCUACCCAGGGUUCCUGGAGUCCCUGGAUGACUUCUACCUGCUGGGGAGCCAGAUGGUGAUGUUGCAGACAACCAACAACGUCUUCAACAAGACACUCUUCUCCUCCGUCAAACCCUACUCCCUCCUGGCCUGGCAGCGUGUCCGGGUCGCAAACAUGAUGGCCAACUCGGGCAAGGAAUGGGCUGCAGCCGUCACAAGAUACAAUUCUGGAACAUACAACAACCAGUACAUGAUUGUGGACCUCAAGAGAAUUCAGCUGGGAUCAAGCAUCUUGGAUGAUGCAUUGUGGGUAGUGGAGCAGAUACCCACCUUGGUCAAGUCAGGUGACCAGACGGCAAUACUGAGGACAGGCUACUUUCCCUCCUACAAUGUCCCGUUCUAUGAGGAAGUCUACCAGCUCAGCGGCUAUCCAGACUUCGUGGCAACGCAUGGCUCUGAUUUCUCGUACCAGCUGGCCCCAAGGGCCAAAAUAUUCCGGCGCGAUGAGGGCAAGGUGGUUGACCUGGCAUCCAUGAAGAAGAUAAUGAGAUACAAUGAUUACAAGCAUGACCCUUACUCAGAAGACAUGCCUUGCAAUACCAUAUGUUGCCGUGGUGACCUGGAGUCUGAAAACCCUAUGCCUGAUGGCUGCUACGACACAAAGGUAGCGGACUUUAACAUGGCCUUGAACUUCACAGCUGACGUGGUAAAUGGACCAACCCUUGGAACCAACCUUCCCCCCUUUAAAUGGACGCCACAGUUCAACGUGUCCCAUGUCGGUCUCCCACCAGUGUAUGCCUUCGACUUUUUACGAACAACGCCUUCACUGGAGAAACCAUAGUCUUAGCUCCUUACCUCAAAUUACCCUCCUGGAGGAGGGGAACAUAGGAAGUACAGCCGACUUUAACUAUGUAUCAUUCCAUUGAUUCAUUUUGGAGGUUUGACAUAUAACGUCUCCAGUAAAACAUGGUUAUUACAAACGCCAAGGAACUGUUGAGAUGUGUUCUUUAUAUCCAUAGUUUAUUAUUUGUGAAACUUGUCUUGAAUUUUGAAAGAACUUUGAAUAACAAUUCAGAUUCAAUAUGUGAGAGUGGUUAUGGUCAUCGUUCAUAUGACAUUUAUUGAUAUUGUUUGCAGGGCUCGAUGUAACAUUAUAAAACAUGCACAAGUGCACCUGUUAUUGAAAAAUGCAACCUAAUAUUUAUGAUUACAUGCACCAAGUAAAAAAGUCAAACUUUGUGUCUAACUAACCCUUAUUUGUCCACACAAAAUUCAUCUUUGAACAAACUCAAUACCUCUAAAGUUUAUCAAUAAUCCUGUGUAACUUGUCAAACUUUCAUGGUGACAUCAUCAAACUGUGUGUACUUAAAAAUUAUGUGAACAUGUUUCUAUUACGUUUUAUAGCAGUGCCUCAUUAAUUUAAGUGACACUGCCAGCUUACUGGUUCUGUUUGGUGCAAUGUGGUUUUCAUGUAAACAUGCACCAGGUGCAAGUUCCCUAAGUCGAGCCCUGGUUUGUAAUCAAAUUUGCUGGCAAGAUGUUGAUAAUUCAGAAAAAGGACUGUUCAUGUUGAAGCUUCACAGACAGGGGUAAGUGUUGGGCUGACUGACACUAAGUAAGCUUCACUAAUCUGUAAGUGUUCGAUUAAGUGUACUGGAGUGACAAUUCAUUAAGUACAUGUUGUAUAUUGUUUCAUUCAGCUCUGUUGGUGACUGAUACUGAUUGUGUCUGACCAGUUCAUUACUCACAAAAAAAUAGUGAUUUUUAAGUCUCUUUUUAGUGAAAAUAAGAAAUAAUUUCUUGCAGGAAUUCUAUGUGAUAUCCUAUAAAAAAGAAGUCAGGAAUCGUUAUGACCAUUAGUAUGCUGUAUCUGUCUUCAUUAUUAUUGUGUUCCACUGUGUAUCAUCAGGAGGUAAUGAUGAGGACCUGAUCUACCAAGUCAAACACACACAGAGCUAAUCCACUAACCAAAUACUGUGAUAUACUGACAUGUUGUCAGUUAUUUUUCAUCUUCCCGACCUAAGGGAGUUAACUGACUAUUAAAGUCCAGUUUCCACCCUUGCCGAACUAGGCUGGAAUUCUGAACUAACAAGUCUAUGCAUAGUCCAAUCAAAAUCGCCAGUAUGAUCAAGACAUCCGGUUUGUAAACAACAUGGAUUUCAACACGCAGAUAUCAGUAGACUGCAGAAUUUGAAAAGCAUUUGUACUGUCAAUUGGGCGUUGACAGACAUUGUGCAAUUUUUUUCAUGUUUCUAAUCAAGGUGCUCAAGUGAUUUGAUGCACUUUGUGGGGUAAGACCUGUAUUAUUACAAUAUAGAUCUUGAUCAUCAAUCAAAUCGUUUUGACUGGGCGCCACAUUUUUGUUUGAAGCAAAUGCAAGUGAUAUAAGAGGUGGAAUCUGAUUUGUCAAUAGGAGGGAUAUAGAAGGGGACAUAACUAAUAAUCACCACUGGUGGUGCUUCCAUUGUACCUAGAAAUUUCAGCUUGUGGCCAGUUAACACCCUUGCCUCGGGAAGAUGGUUAAUUUUGUAAAUACUACCAUAUUUUCCUGUUGAUGCACAUGUUGUUGUAGAAGAGGAGGUAGAUAUCCUACAUUGUCAACAAGUCUAACAGUUCCAAAGGGAAAACAGUAUUGGGAUUAUUUAUAUGCAUUUGAUUUAAUUGGAUGUUUUGAAUGCAGGGAAUCUUUUAAUGUCGGGUCGUCUGUCCUGUGCAUGGCAUAGUCCUACCUGCAGCUCAAGCCCCGGGUUGUUGAAAUGUGACAUUGUGUUCCUGGUCUGAUAUUUAUUGUAUGACUGUCGGAUGGCCAAGUUGUCUCAGGGCGUGCAGAGUUGCAUCCCCUAGGUAUGCCAGAAUCCUAUUAUUGGCAUCGAUUGCAUCUGAUUCUCAGUCAGCACCGUACCUGUGCUGUGUGUCACUUCACACAUAAAGCUGACAUGCCAUGAUAUAACUGAAAUUCUGUUCAAAGCAGAUAAGGGGCAGUUCGAUCCUCGGCCACACCAUACCAAAAGACUGUCAAAGAUGGUACUUGUUGUUACCCUGCCUGGCG